AUGUCUACAAAUAUAUUUAAAAACGUUUUAUUAAUUGGUGGUACUGGUGAUACUGGUAAACAUAUUCUUUCAGCUCUUCUUGCUGAUCCUGUCUUCAAUGUAACUGUUCUUUCUCGUCAUAAUUCAACUGCAAAAUUUCCAUCUAAUGCUCAAGUAAUUAAAGUUGAUUAUUCAGAUAAAAAUGCAUUGACAAAAGCUCUUACUGGUCAAGAUGUUGUUAUUUCAGCUGUUGGUGGUGAAGGUAUUGAUACAAAUUUUGGUAUAACUUUAGUUGAAGCUUCAAUUGAUGCAGGUGUUAAAUGGCUUAUUCCAUCGGAAUUCGGUGGUGAUUAUGAUGAUCCAUUUAUAGACAAUAUUCCAGUUUUAGCAUCUAAACCAGCAAUUGGUAAAUUAUUAAAAGAAAAUCAAUCUCGUAUUGCACAUACAUUUAUUUCACCGGGAAUAUUUCUUGAUUGGAGUUUUGAUAAUGGAUUUACUGGUUUUGAUAUUGCCAAUCAUACAGUUACAAUUUAUGAUGAAGGAAAACGACGACAAUCUGGUACAACACUUCCAAAUAUUGCUAAGGCUGUUGUUGCUAUUCUUCAUCAUCCAGAAAUAGCUUUAAAUAAACGAAUAUUUAUAGCAAAUACAACAUUUUCACAACAAGAAACUUUAGAUUAUUUUGAAAAAGAAACAGGAAUUAAAUGGACAGUAAAACAUGCUUCUUCAAUAGAAACUAUAAAAAAUGCAGCAGAACAAUUAGCACAAGGAAAAGUUAUGGAUGCUUUUGUUAAUUAUAUAAGAAGUGCAAUCUAUGGUGAUAAUAAAAUGUUUCUAUUUGAAGGUCGAACAAAUAAUAAAGAGUUAGGAAUACCUGAAAUACCUUUGGAACGAAUUAUUAAAGAAGCUGUACAACGACAAAAAAUUUCGCAAUGA